CUGCUCGCCGCUACUGAAGUCCGAACCCUGCACAACAGGUGCCGACUCGCUCGGUCGGUGCUGUUCGAUCCUGCCGGCCCGCCCGCCGGACAAAGCCGCCGCCACCGGCCCUCAUGUCGCACUUUGGCAGCCUGGCAUUCGCUGCGGCGACCGCGAUUGCUGCGUGGCAGAGCCCGCGAGUGCACCGCGCGCCCAACCCGCACGCGGAGCUUGUCGUCGUUCUCGAGCAACCGCGACACCUCGGAGGCUUCCUCGGCAACUCUGGCUCGGUGGCUCCGCUGCCCGGCGGCCGCUUCUGCGUCAGCGACACCUCGAGCGGCCGCGUCCUUCUCAUCGGCUCCGACGGGACGCGCCUCGCCUCGUCGCCCGCAAUGUUCGAAGCUCCCGCUGCGCUCGCCCUCUCGCCUAGCUGCGAUAGCGUGUACCUGGCCGACGCGACGGGCCACGCUCUCCACCGCCUCUCCCUCCCGGACCUGUCGCCCAUCUGCAGCACCCGCCCGGUCGAGGGCGCGAGAGGCCUCUGCUACCCGGCCGGGCUCGCCGUCUCGCCUCGCGACGGGCGGGUGUUCGUGUCCGACAAGGGGAACCACCGCGUCGUGUGCUACGACGCCGCCCUGUCGGUCGAGCUCUUCUCGCACGGCCGCUGCGGUGGCGGCGAGGGCGAGCUCAACUCGCCGAGCGGGCUCGCCCUGCUCGGCGGCGGCGGCGCAGAGGAGGAGCGGCUGGUCGUCGCAGACACGGACAACCACCGGCUGGUCCUCCUCGGCUCGGAGGGCGGCUUCGUGCGCUCGAUCGGAGGCCGGAGCGACGCCCCGCCUCCCGGCCUCUCCGAGCCCGAGUUCCUCGAGUGGCUGUCGAGCAGAGGCGCGGCGCAGAGCGGCGCCGUCCGCCUCACGGAGCCGUCUGGCGUCGCCGUCACCGCGGCGGGCAGGCUGCUCGUGAGCGAGCGGGCGAGCGGAGUGUGGCACCUGCUCGCGCCGGACGGCGGGCGGGUGCGGUCCGGCUUCCGGCCGCACCAGCGGCUGCUCGAGGAGGGUGUCGGCCGCGAGGCGUGCGAGGGAGGCGAGGGCGGGCAGGAGGAGGACGGCGCCGGGAGCUGGGCCUGUGGCUUGGCCGGAGGGUCGCGAGCCGGCGACGCGGGGCGCGUCUUUCUGGUGGAGGACUGCGGCGCGCGCGUGCGGAUUGCGCGGACGGUGCGACUGGUUUAAGGCUCGACGAUUUGUGUGGAUUGCUAUAUGCUAAUAAAAACAAAAAUUCGC